CUGGUUGCUUCCGUAGCUAGUAGUGCAUCCAUUCCAGGAUAGGAAAAGUGUAGCAUUUGUAGGCCGAAUCGUCAGCUAAUCCAAUUAUAUAAGUAAUAUAAAGGAUUCGGAUAUCAGUACAAGCUAGUGAUAGACCUGCCAUCGAUAUCCAUUGUUCAGUCUUCAAUUGCAGGGAAGACCAAAAGUACGAUGCUUCUGGGCCGAAAUAAGUUUGGAGGAUUUCGACCGGCUAAGAUACUGAAGCUGGAUAAAAUGGAUGCUCCGGCCACUUCGGACAUUUGCAUCAUCAAUGGAAACUCGCAUCCCGAUUUGGCGAAUCUGAUUGCCAGUCGUCUGGGCGUGAACAAUGGAGGCUGUUCAGUGUAUCAUAAAACUAAUCGGGAAACGAUGGUCGAAAUUGGAGAUUCAGUUCGUGGCAAAGAUAUCUACAUCAUUCAAACUGGUACUAAAGAUGUCAACAACAACAUCAUGGAGCUGUUGAUCAUGGCAUACGCCUGCAAAACGUCCUCCGCAAAUUCCAUCGUCGGCGUAAUUCCAUACCUACCGUACUCCAAGCAAUGCAAAAUGCGCAAACGAGGCUGCAUCGUGUCGAAACUGCUGGCCCGAAUGAUGUGCACCUCGGGCCUGUCGCACAUCAUCACAAUGGACUUGCACCAGAAGGAAAUCCAGGGCUUCUUCGAUUGUCCGGUGGACAAUCUGCGAGCCUCUCCAUUCUUGCUUCAGUAUAUCCAGGAAUCUAUCCCUGAUUAUCGCAACUCAGUCAUCGUGGCGCGUAAUCCCGGCUCGGCCAAGAAAGCAACUUCGUACGCCGAACGUCUACGACUGGGAAUCGCCGUGAUCCACGGAGAGCAGAAGGAAUCGGAAACGGAUGAGGUUGAUGGCCGAAACUCGCCCCCACUGCUGCCCAAAUCUCGCACCAUGGACGUCUCCGGUGGAGUUCCGGUGCACCCGGCUAAGGAGAAGCCUCCAAUUAACGUGGUGGGAGAUGUUGGCGGCAGGAUCGCCAUCAUGGUGGAUGAUCUCAUCGACGACGUACAGUCGUUUGUGGCUGCAGCCGAAGUGCUGAAAGAGAGAGGAGCCUACAAAAUCUAUGUGAUGGCCACGCAUGGACUGCUCAGCCAGGAUGCCCCAAGGUUGAUCGAAGAUUCCCCUAUCGAUGAGGUUGUCGUUACCAACACAGUUCCGCACGAGAUCCAGAAAAUGCAGUGCCACAAGAUCAAAACGGUGGACAUCAGUAUUUUACUAGCAGAAGCAAUUCGUCGUAUUCACAACAAGGAAUCGAUGUCGUAUUUGUUUAAAAAUGUUACCCUCGAGGACUAGGCAAGCCCAAUCUAAAAGACGAUGGGCGCCAAAACUACUGAAUGGAAAACUACAUACUAAAAAAAAACGCCUAUUUAGGAAAGCUGUGGUAACUAAAGGGAAGAAGUAUUACAAUAUGGAACUAAAUAUUUGGGCCAAGCCUGACAGGACGCUUCCCUUGCGAUGCCGCUGCAAAAAGCAAAAACAAAAAUAGUCAACUGCUAUACCUGUUCAGAUCACAUGAACCUCUAUGUUUCGUCUUCGGAAGAACGAUCUAAACGGUGGUUUGAAAUGUUUGAGGGCCACUGCAUUCAUAAUCGAUGAUUUUAAGUACAAUGGAAAUGAUUCACAAUUUAUAUAUUAUACAACACUGAUCACACUUUUUUAAUUAGCAUUUUCAAAAGCAAACAGAAUAUCACUAUACGAAAGCUGAAUAAAGUAUCAUUAUUAAA